AUGGCAGAUGCCGGGAGUGAGCUGCACCACCCUGUAGAUCCUGGAAUCUCAAAGCUGCAGUUUGCUCCCUUCAGUAGUGCCUUGGAUGCAGGAUUCUGGCAUGAACUGACCCAGAAGAAGCUCAACGAGUACCGAUUGGAUGAGACCCCCAAAGUUAUCAAAGGGUACUACUACAAUGGUGAUCCUUUGGGUUUGCCAGCUCGCUUGACACUGGAGUUUAGUGCCUUUGAUAUGAAUGCUUCAAUACCGGCCCAUUGCUGCCCUGCUUUUGGAACAUUGUAUAAUACCAACACUUUUGAGACUUUCAAAUCCUGUGAUAAAAAGUCACUUCUGGAAAAAGAAGCAAAUGAGAUAUGGGAAUCAAUCAAAUCUGGAGCUGCUCUUGAAAACCCUUUGCUCUUGAACAGGUUCCUGCUGCUGACAUUCGCAGAUUUAAAAAAGUAUAAUUUCUAUUACUGGUUUUGCUACCCUGCUCUCUGCUUCCCUGAUGGAAUACACAUAAUUCAGAAACCAGUAUGUCUUGGUGACAGGUUCCCAUUAAAUCAGAUUCAAGCACUUCAGAAAGCCUAUGAUGAACUUUGUCAGAAAGAAGGGGUUACAGCCUUACCUUAUUUUUUAAUCAAGCAUCAUGACAACUCUGUCGUCGUAUCUCUGCUGAAAAAGUGGGAUGAUUUCUUCCGAGACCAAGGGGGAAAG